AACUAUUGUCUUGCUAGUUUCCUACUCGAAAGAAGCAGGUGGAUGUAGAUUUAGAAGUGUUAGCUAGCAUAGACAACGAUGAGACGGUGAAGUAUUGUUCAUAGAGGUGUAUUUAACUUGUCUGCCGAUAAUUAAACCAUUACUCUAUAACAUUACGUCUAUAAAUGACGACUACCACAACGUUUCAAGGAAUGGAGCCCGGUGCUAAAAGCAGUUCCAGGAUUUUGCGCCCACCUGGUGGUGGUUCCAAUAUUUCGCUUGGUGCAGAUGAAGAGAAGCCUCCUGUCCGGAAAAACAAAAUGGCCUCCAGUGUAUUUGCCGAGCCUGAAGACCCUUAUGCCAAUCGAAGGAACAACCCACCAGGAGGGAAGCCAACAGGGGUGCUGUGUGGUGAGCCUUCAGCCCCCCUAAGGAGAGGUGGAAAUCAAACCGUCAAUCACUCUGGAGAGGCUCCUCCUACAGAUGUGGAGGACCCUGUGCGUGAUAAUGAAAAAUACCCCUUGGAACUAGAGGCUGCUCCAGAGCCGCAGGAAGAGCCCCCUCAGGCUGAGGAACCUGCUGCAGGGGUGCCAUCUGGCCGCAGAAAUCCCCCAGGGGGCAAGUCCAGCCUCAUCCUUGGUUGAAUGUCGCACACCCUUACCUCCACUCAUCUCUGUGCCCGUCUUUGUCUUUUUUCCCCACUUCUAAACAAGACCCCUAAGUCAUUUUUUGUACCACAGGAAUCAUCUGGAUGUCAAGCAGUGUCAUUCAUAGCCCCAAGUGCAUUGUUUUGAUACCUUUUUUUAAAAGAUAUUUUCUACCGUUUUUAUUGUUUGUUUAGUUUGACAGAAGCACUUUAUGUAAUCUUGUUACAUGGUUCAAAGUUGGCCUUUGCCCCUGAAAUUCAACCUUCCAGGAAGGGUACAUGAGGCUCGCAUUUCUCAUUAAAGCCCAUCAUAAAACUCCCCUGACAUUAUUGCAGCAGCACAAACUGGAGGUGAUGAUAAAAUAAAUUUGUAGAACACAAGCAAAAAAAGGAUUUUGUGUAGUGUUGAUUUUUCUCCCAGCUUGCCUCUGCAUGUCUGAUUUGUAUGAAUGUGAAAAUGACUUAACUGUGAAGAUUUAUCGAAUUUAUUUAACCUGUUUCAUUGUUGUUUUUUAUUUGUAGAAUAACUGUUUCACUGUUGCAUGAAAAGGAAAAUCUUUUUACCACCUCUAGUAUUAAAAUCCACAUAGAACCCACAAACAGUUCUAGAAUUGUGCUCUUUAAACUCUAGACAGUCUUCGGUUAGGGUGUAUAGGUUCAAUGUCGGUAGGUUUGAGCAAGAUUUUUUUUUCUAUGUUUUUUUUCUAUGUUGCCUUUGUAACCUUACAAAACUGUAACCCCACUAAUCCAUGUUUUUAUAGAUAAAUUGAUUCUGAAGUACACAUGUUGGUCGAGUUGGUUCCAGUAUAAAAAAAUGUUGGGUUUCCAGAUUACACUAUAAAUAAACACUUGCUUUUCUUUUUUUCAUUUGCAAUCCAUGGAAUGUUGUGGGUCCUGACUUCUAAGUGUUUCUGGUAAACCUGUCUUAGAUUUGACAAGUGACCUUAUUACUGCCCAGCCUUCUUUUCACCUCCUGAAGACAAUUACUAUUAGUGCAAACUGAAAACCUAAAGAAAUAUUUUUACAGGUUUCAUGAGUCUAUCUACGUCAAAACCAAAACACAUCCUUCUGUACUCUUGAGUUUUGUGCACAACUGUUGCAUCCGCCAGCUGUCGUGUGGGGGAAAUAUUCCAUUACAGGUACCUGAUGUUGUCUUUAUGUGAUGUUUUAUUUUCUAUUGUGUUUUAAUGCAAGAUAUGUCUAUUUGCAUCCUUUACCAGUCCCUAUUGCUGGAUGUAAGUCACUGUGGAACAUCUGAAUACAAGAAAUGGCACAAGAGGAAAUUAACAUAACAUUAAAAAUCACUUUUGAUCAUGGAUUUUAUUUUCU